AUCAACAAAUGUGUCGGCAGUUGGCACAUGGGAAGCAAAUGAACUUAGUAUUGCAUGUAUAGAAAAUUUUAGUUGCUAAAAUGAGUUUAUAUCGGAACAUUAUAGCAUUCUCUCAUCAAGGAGAAUAUCUCGCAUAUUCAAGUCCUGAUGGAUGUUUAAAAAUAUGGGAGACAUCUACAGGGACUUUAAAACAAGAGUUCAUUCCAAGUUCGCAUUUGACGGCAACAUGUACUACACUUACAUGGGGACCUUCUCGCACUAUUUCGAAUUUACCAAAGAAGUCUAAAAAUGAAUCACUAGCAGUUAUUGGAGACCUUCAAUUGAUUGCCAUGGGCACUUUGACUGGAGACAUCCUUUUGUAUAGUUUCACAAAUGCUGAGCUUUAUUCUUUACUUGCAAAUGGCCAUACUGGGGCUGUGAAUGAUAUUUAUUGGCAUUAUGUCACAAAUUCUUUAUUCACCUGUUCCAGUGAUCAGCAUAUUAUUCAGUGGGAUAUCAGUUCUGGGAAAAUAAAAUCUAAAUGGAAAGCAGAUAAAUUUGCUGUAUAUUCCAUAUGUGUUAUCGAUGAAAACCGUUUACUUUCUGCUAGUAAUUCUAUACAACUUUGGGAUAUAAAACAAAAGAGUGUCAUUAAGAGUUUUGGAGGUCAUUCAACCGAAAUACACCGUCUUCUCUUAAUACCUACACGAGACAAAUCACUAGGCGAACACUUUUUAUCUGCUGCUAUUGGGGAUAGGGUGAUAAAUGCAUGGCAAUUGAAUGAAAACAAUACCAAAGGAAUUAUCUCAUCUUUUGUUUCGACUAGUGAACCAGGAAAUAUUGAUAUACUUCUGAGAAAGAAAGGGCCUUUGAGGAUGUCUGUUGUCACAAAAGAUGGCCAUUUUCAUUUGUUUGAACACACACUGAAUGGGUCAAUGAAAAAGCCCUUGUCUCCUAAAUUUACAAUACAGAUAGCUUCAAAAGCUAACAACUCAUCUUCAAAGCCAUAUCUUAUCCCAAUAUUAGCGGCUAAUAUUUCUGAAGGGUUAGAUUCUUGUCUUAUUACUUAUGGAAGUUUCAUAAAGCCAGUGUUUGAAAGAAUAAAUAUCUUGGAUGUAUCUAAAGACCUCAUUUUAAUUCGAAAUCUAUCAUUUUCAUCGACCAUUUCAAUAGAAGAUUCAAUUUCAAGGAUAAAACACGCAGAAAAACCUAAUAAUGUCAAAAUGCUUGCUCCUGGCCAUAUGACUGAUGUGACUUUUACAGAAAGUGCAUCAAAGAAAAGAAAACAGAAAAAUGUUGAUAUCAGAGAACUACCUAUGGAAGAACGCUUGAAGGCUCUAGAUCUCAGUACAACUCCUAAAAAUCUAGCUGAAGAACCAGCCAUCAAAUCUGACAGUAUGGUGCAUCUUCUUUUACAAGGGCUUCAAAGUAAAGAUAAUAAUAUGUUAAAUACUGUCUUGCAAUGUGGAGAUACAGUUGUAAUUCAGAAUACUGUUAAACGACUUCCUAUACAAUCUAUCUUACUAGUAUUGAAAGAACUAUAUGAAAGACUAAACAAGCAGGAGCCUAGAAAUCAUCCAUGUUUAAGGUGGUUAACUGGUUUACUCACAAUUCAUUUGCCUUACUUGAUGUCUUGCAAAGACAUAGAUGAAUAUUUAGGUCCAGUUAGCCAACUCAUUGAAGCUAGAAUUGAAAAUUUCUCAAAAAUGAGACUGUUGCAAGGAGGUUUAAAUGUUUUACUUUCACAGGUUGAUUCAAACACAUCAGACUCAGUAGAUCCAUCAUCACAGCCUUUAGUAGAAUAUGAAUCAGAAUCAUCUGAUGAAAGUGAAAAUGAUGAUAUAGAUAUUUCUGGAAAUAAUUCAGAUGAAGAAGUUGUACAAAGUUCACUAGAAGAAGAAAGCCAAUCCAGUGAUUCAGAAAGUGACAUGGAAACUUAGGACUUUUAAAUUUAAUGUUAUAUUACUUGUAAAUGAUUUUUAUAAAAUUAAAGACUUGUUUUUAUUUUUUA